GUGAGACCUCAAAAGGAGAGCUCCUUCUUAGGUCAGGAAUGUGGGAAAGCCUUUAGUCGCAGGUAUCAUCUUAGACAGCAUCAGAAAAUUCACACUGGCAAGAAGCCCUAUGAGUAUAAAGACUAUAAGAAAGCCUUCCACUGGUGGAAUCAGCUUACUCAACACCAGAAAAUUCACACUGGAGAGAAGCCUUAUGAAUGUAACAACUGUGGAAAAGCCUUUCACUGGAGUUCGAGCCUUGUUGUUCAUAGGAGAAUUCACACUGGUGAAAAACCAUACUUAUGUAAAAACUGUGGGGAAACCUUUAGAUAUGGCUACAAACUCACUCGGCAUCAAGGGCUUCAUACUGGGGAGAAAGACUGUGAGUGUAAAGAAUGUGGGAAGACUUUUAGUCAUCUCUAUAAAUGUAUGCAGCACAAGAGAAUUCACAGUGGUGAUAAGCCCUAUGAAUGUAAAGACUGUGAGAAGGUCUUUAUUUGUAGUUCCAGCCUCAUUCAGCAUAAGAGAAUCCACACAGGUGAGAAACCCUUUGAAUGCCAAGAGUGUGGGAAGUCCUUCACUAGAGCCAAUUACCUCACUCAGCACCAGAAGAUUCACACUGGGGAGAAACUGCAUGAGUGUAAGGAAUGUAGGAGGGCCUUUCGCUGGGUUUCAAGCCUUAUUAAACAUGAAAGAAUUCAUUCAGGUGAGAAGCCCUAUAAAUGUACAGAAUGUGGUAAGGGCUUUAAUUAUGGCUAUCACCUCACCCAACAUGAGAGAAUUCACACUGGUGAAACACCUUAUAAAUAUAAGGAGUGUGGGAAGACCUUUAUACAUGGAUCAAACCUUCUUAAACAUGAGAGAAUUCACACAGGAGAGAAACCCCACAAAUGUAAGGGAUGUGGGAAGGCCUUUAGUUACGGCUACCAGCUUAAACAGUAUGAGAAAACUCACAUGGAAAAACUGUGUAAAGAGUGUGGAAAGAUUUACAAUAAUAUAAACCAUGUCAAAGAACAUCAGAAGACUCACACACAUUGGAAACAUUGACUAUAAAGAGCAAACCAAGGCCUCUCGCCUUCAUUCAUUCUUUCCUUGGUGAUUAAUUUAUCUUAAGAAAGUCUUCGUGGUCACUUGCCUAUUUGUAGAAUAUCAGAAGGCAUACUAGAGGUGAAUUUGAGAGAGUGUAAAAGUCACUUUUCUUAAUGAUCAUAUUCUUUCCAUAUUGGUGUUUUUACUGAAUAAAUUGGUUGAGUAAACCCACAAAAGCCAACCAAUACCAUUCUACCUUUUAUUACAUUUCAGGUUCAUUCUAGGGGGCAACCCUGCUCAUGUGACAUUUGUGGCAAAGCCUUUAGUCUUGGCAUAUACUGUACCAGCUAGCAUCACCAUUCCACCUCUUUGCUCUCUGUGAGACACUCAUAAGCUGCUCCUUACCCCUGAUAAAUCCAUCAUACACUGAAGGAGAUCAAUUGAAAAUGCACUUAAGACACUUUACCAGCCAAACACCACAGCUUAACCCAGCCUGUCUCAAAUGUGCUCAGAUCAUGUCCUUUAUCUUACACUGGGCAAAAGCGUCUAACACAAAGUCUAUUCAGUAAUAAAAUACUGAGUAUCUCCCAUAAUUUCUUGACUAGUAGCCAGGUAUGGUAGCACAUGCCUGUAAUCUCAAGAGGCUGAGAUGGGAAGAUUGAAAGUUCAAGGCUAGCCUGAGCAACAUACCAGAUUCCAGACUAGCCUACAUAGCAUGACCCUGUCUCAAAAAAAAAAUUUUGGAAUAUUUGUUAAAAGUGAAACUCAGUGGUGUAUUGGGUAUGUUUUCACAUCAUUGUGAUGUUGAAGAAUCUAUGGUUAUAUAGGUAUAUCUUCACAACAUCUUGAAAUUCAAAAAUGAGUGGUUGUGUUGAGUACACUUUUACAAAGUUGAAAAAUGAGUAGUUAUAUUGAAUACAUUUUCAUGCCAUUGUAGAGUUGAAAAAUCAAGUGGUCCUAUGGCUUCAUUUUUGCACUGUCAUAAAGUGGAAAAAGCAGUUAUAUUUAGCAUACUAUCAUGCCAUUGUAAAGCUGAAAAAAACAGUUGCUUAUUGGUUGUGCUUUCAUAGAAUUGACAACAUCAGUGAUUGUACCAGGCAUGCUUUUGCAAAACUGAAAAAAAUCAGUAUUUGCAUUGAAUAUGCUUUCACACCAUCGCAAAGUUGAAAAAUCAGUAGUUGUGUGGACACACUUUCCCACUAUUAUGAUUUGAAAAGACUAAGGUCUGGAUAGCUUUUGUGCCAUCAUAAAGUUGAAAACUAAAGCUAAAACUCCCAUAAAUCAAGACUGUGUUUGUAAAAUGUCUGUUCUGUACAUUCCCUGUACAUAAGGAUAAUCACUGUGGAAAUUAAAUGGUCCAUGUAAACUCCUUGGGACUGUCUCGGGAGACUGUCAACUCCCUAAAUAUUGCCUCUUACUGUUCUUGUGGUCACCCAUUAGUGUUGCUGUCAUGAGCCAUUCCAGGAAAACCUCCUGUGGGUUCCAUGAGAACUUUACAGAGAUGGCAUAAGGAAUGACUCUUGCCAUCUUGGAUUAAGCAGUGAUUUCUUAGUGCACAGGCCACACUGAAUGAGAAAAGUCAUUUGCCUUCAUCAGAAUACAGUCUGUUGAUGAAGAAAAAGAGCAAAGGUGAAGAGCAGGAUGGGGCAGUACUUCAUUUACACCGAUUGGCAGACUCACAGAGGCAUCAGAAAUCCCCAAAGUCAACAGAGACUCAGAGGUGAUGCAAGUCAGAGAUCAUCAGGUGACCAAUAAGUAAAUGGAAAUGUAUCCUACCUCAUUCCUCAGCAAGGAAACGCAAAGGAAAACCACUAUGGGGUGUCAGGAGUCAUCAGAAUUCCUAACAUUAAAAUGAGAAAAUCUGUCAGCUAUCUUUCCAUAUAAGUAAGUGAGGUAUGAUGGAUGUUACUCUGGUUCAAUCAUUCUCUACUGUGUGCAUAUAAAACAUCACAGUGUCCUCUACAAAUGUAAUAUACAAAGUAAAAACUGCUGGGCAGUGGUGGUACACACCUUUAAUUCCAGCACUUGGGAGCAGAGGCAGGCAGAUCUCUGUGAGUUCAAGGCCCACCUGGGCUACAGAGUGAGUUCCUGGAAAGGCACAAAGCUAUACAGAGAAA